AUGUUCAAUUUUAAACCAAAGUUAGAGAAAUAUUAUUAAUUUUAGAUAUUAUAAUUCUCAGGAAUAGAAAAAAUUUGAACAAUUAUUUGAAGCCUAUUUUGAUCCGGUUAACUAAAAUAAAACAUCAAGUUAUUUAUCAAUAUUAAAGAAGUAUUACUUACUCAAUAUAAUUUAAGAAAUAAAUAAAUUAGAUUUUUUACAAGGGCUUUUGUUUUUACUUUUCCAAUAGUUUUUGGAUUGUAUUUGUUACCAGGUAAUUAAUUUAAGAUACAAAUUCAAAUCAAAAAGCUUGUUAGAAAAUCAAUUGUUGAAUUUUACAAAUUCAUUUAUGAUUAUUCUGAUUUAACAUAGUAAGUAUUAUAUUAUAAAUGAUUUAAGUAAAUCAACAUGUUCAUAGUAAUAUAUAUUGGCUUUAAAUUCAUAAUAUAUGUAUUUUGAAGAAUAAGAAAUAAAAAAUGAAGGAUUAUUUGAGAAUAUAAUUAAAUAAUACAUUUUUAUAUUGAAUGGUAUACAAUAUGAUUAAUGUAAUAAGAUAAUGAAGAUUAAUUGGAAUUUGUAUUGUUACAUUUGGAUGAACUUUUAUUAAAAGUAAUGGAAAGAAAUAGAUAUCAUUAUUUUAUCGAGAAUUCAACUAUUUUAAUAGAUUUAUUAGAUAUCAUAGCUAGAAAAUUACCAGAUUUAGAUGAUUCAUAAUUAACAUAUAAAUUUUAAUUUGAAGUGUAAAAAUUAUAAUCAAUUACAACAUUACUUUGUGCCUUGUUUUAAUAUAGUUUAAAGUAGAAUGAAAGAAUUGAAAUAUAUUAAUAUAGCAUGGGUAUUUUUAAAAAGAAUUGUGUUAUGGCAAAACUUUUGAAAUAACAAUUCAAUUUGUUAUUGCCAAUAAUCUAUAAAGACUUAGCAUGUUAGGAAGAUUAGAUAAAUUUAAACACACUCAAAUUUUUAAUUGAAUUUUAAAAUAGUUUAAGUAUAUAUUUAUCUAAUAUUAAGAAUGCAGUGAUUUAUUUGAUUAAUUAUUGAAGGAUUAACUAUUUUCAAAUUUGAUUAAUGUUUUAGAUAGAAAAUCACCAUAAUUUAAAUAGGAAUUUUGUAAUUUUUUAGGAAUGAUGAAGGAGAAUAAAGAAAUUUGUUAUUUGAUGAAAGAGACUAAGAUUUAUGAGGAAGAAAAGUUAAGAUUGUAGAAUUUAAAAGUAAAUAAAGAGUUAUAGAUGAUUAUAAAAUAAUUGAUAUUAUGA